ACACUGCAUAAUCAAUUCACGUGUCUCUCACUUGUCCUCGAGAAAAUAAAACAACCUUAACCUCGUUUUUAAAAAUGAUACUUUGAACCGAUUAAUUUAUAAUUCCUAAUUAAAGUGUGUGAGUGAUAUGUUUGAAAUUAUUUUUAAAAAGACACAGUAGGUUAUACCGAAGCCAUAGAAUCACAUAAUGCGAUCAAACUAAGCAGUCAUGAAUAGGGACGAUGUUAUUUAUCUUGCCUUGUUAGCAUUUUCUAUGUGUUUUGGUUUAUAUUAUCGCAGAAUAAAUGAUCAUAUUAAGAAAAAAUACAUCGGUGCUUCGUUAGGUUUCUUGAUUGUGUUGAUAGUAUCAAGGGUCCAUAUAAUACAUGUGCUGAUAACUACUAUUGUUAAUGGCUUAUUGAUUUUAUACACUGAUAGAAGAAAAUGUCAAGUCUAUGUAUUCUCCUUUUCGUUUCUCUACCUAUUUUUCUUCCGCACCACAGCCUACUUUGGCAUACCAUAUCCACCUUCACAUACAAAUUUGGUGCAGAUGAUGCUAAUUCUUAAGAUUAUUGGGUUAGCCUUUGAAGUGAAUAGCUCCUAUCAGUUGAGUUUGAAUAAAGGAGAUGCUCAAAAUAAUACUGACGAUGAAAGAUUGGAAAACGAAACAUUUCAGAUUAAGGACAUAGGGUUUUUGGAUAUAUGUUGUUAUUUAUUCUGUUAUUGCGGAGUACUUACUGGACCAUACUUUACAUAUAGGACAUAUGUGGACCACUUACAUAAGCCAUAUCAUAAAUAUGAUGACAUGAAAGGCGCAUUACUUGAAAAACUAACAUGGUUGCCUCUUUUAAUAACUCUCCAUUUAGUUACAAACCACUAUUGGCCAUUAUAUUAUGUUGAAACCGAGGAAUUCCUCAACAGAUCAUUUUUCUACCGUUAUUGGUACAUAUGGCCAUCAUUCUUAAUAUUCAGAUCUCGAAUUUACAUUGGUCUGAUACUAACCGAGAUUGUAUGCAUCUUUGCGGGAUUUGGGGUAUAUCCUACUUUUACAGAGCCAAAGGCUGGUCAUGGACCCACAAAAAAUUUCAGGAAGCUGAAAGAAAUGACUCCAGAAGAUUUGAAGAGUAUUGCAUAUGACUAUGAAACUAUACAUUGUGUAGAUGUUUAUAAAGCUGAUUGUGUACCUACAAUGAGAGAGGCUAUGAAGUACUGGAAUAUCACUAUACAGUAUUGGUUAGCAGCUUAUGUCUACAAGAAGUUCCCAUACAAAAAAUACAGAACGAUGGUGACGAUGUUAGUGUCCUCUCUUUGGCAUGGCGUCUAUGCUGGUUAUUAUUUUUGCAUAGGGACUGUGCCUUUUGGACUAUUAUGGGAGGAUGUUUGGGCGAAAUUAUUACUGGAAGGCAAAACAGGAACUGUAUUGAAACUGUCAAGUUUGAUAAUGCUAUUCUUCAAGAUGCAAUUGUUUUCGUAUCAAGCUACCGCAUUUGUCCUUUUAGAGAUAAGAAAGAUCAUCCAUUAUUAUAACUGUGUAUAUCAUUGUAUUCCAAUUCUGUAUACAGCUAUGUAUUUUUUGGGGAAAUAUAUUCUGAAGCAAAAGAAACUCAAACAGAAAACAACUGGCAAGGUAGAAUAGUCUUCCUUAAUUUUUAAUGGUUAACUGAUAGCACCUCUGUCAAAAUGGAUGGAAUGUCCGUUGACACGUGGCAAACCUCACAAAGAACCACAGUGCUCUGCCUUGAGCUACUGGAUAUUGCGAUUUUGCAAGGUUAUUCUUUCCAGUAUUUGAACUAUUCUCAUCCAUUUUUUCUAUUUACUAGAAUUGUAAGAGGAGGAAUUGAGCAAAAAGUAUUUUAUGAGGAUUUCUAUUUUAUUCUUUUAGCUACAUAUUAGUUGUUUGUUAAAUAUUUCCAAUUUUGACUAUACAUUUUGCGUCUCUUUUACUGAAAACAUGAUAAGAGCCCAAAAUGUUAUACGUGAAGACUGAAUUCUUAAAAAGAUCAAAAAAUGGUUGUAAUUAAUAUUGAACAAAAUUACAUAUCUUCCGACAAGCCUGCAUUUGAACAAAAUGUUUUUUAUUUAGAUUAUUUUGGUGUAUUGGAUUGUAAAUAACUAUGAUAUAUUUUUUAAUUCUUAUAAAGUGCUUUUCAAAUACUACCAUUACUACUUAUUUUGUGAACGAGUCAAGUUAGCAAGCCCAAAUUUGGGUUAACGAAAUGGCGGUUUUUAUAUUUUAACGUAAAAAUAACAGUCAAAAGCUUCAAGAUGGCGGUUGGGUGCCAUCUGAGAACAUUUUUUUAAAUAUAGUGAGGGUUCAUGUAACAGCUGAUUUUAAGGUCUGAGUGUACAAUAAAAUAAGGGAUAUCCAUUUAAAAAGAUUGACAAUUUUGACAUUUUUUCAAGGAAUCUACCAUAUUUUAUUAGAUAUUCAGAUGGACCCUUCCAAGAGAAGGAGAAUGAUGUGAAAUAUCAUAGGGUUUUGAUUAUUGAUUGAGUUAUAAGCAAAUCAAUUCACAGAAACGUUCAAGUUUGACAGCCUGCCAUUCCACCAUUUUGAACAAUUAUCAUUUUAUAUUCCAAGGUUAUAAAUUACUUUCAAGGAGCUUCAAAACGAGGUAUCACAUGGCCCCCAUUCAAUUUUGGCGCCCAGCAAUUGCGACUUUUAUAACUCCAAAUUUCUGCUGCUAAUUUGACCUGUUCAAGAAAUAAGUGAAAGGGGGGGCCUUUAGGAAAGCACAGUGUGUUCAAUAAUGAGUGUAUGAUAUAUGAAAGAAUACUGUUUUUUUAUUCAUAUAUAUUGUUAUAUGUUAUAUUGAAGCUAUUAUAAAAGGUUUUUCACCCUAUUGAAAUUCUAUAUUUGCCAAAAUUUGUUCCUUUAUUUUUUUCUAAUCUAAAGAUCUAUUAUAUUGCCUUUCAAUUCUUCAUUUAACCUAUAUUUUUGUAAUAUAAUAAGAAAUCAUUUAAUAUAUAUUUAGAAUAUUUAUGUGAAGCUAUAAGAGACAUCAGCUGGUUAAAAUAUUUCUGACUUAAAAAUGUAUGUAUAUCCCUUGUACCUGGUCCAAUUAUGUGUAUACUAUUAAAGACUUCCAAAUGAAUAUAUUUUACUGUACUUACGAGCAAAAGUACUUUAGUAUAUCUCUUGUUACGAAUUGUGUAUUGUAUCCAGUCAAUCAAACAGUGUUGUGAUAUCGAAAUAAUAAAGAUAUAUUUAGAUCAUA